AUGAAGAGGAGAGAAGCCUCAGCAGACCUGGAUCUCCCCGAAAAGGAGAAGGAAAUAAGGGCUAAAGUGGAGAUCAGGCACCUGCAGACUAAUUUCCAUCAUGAGGCCCACAAGAGGAAAUUCUUCGAUGCCGAUAUCUGGCGGCAAAUGCAGGCUCAGGAAAAAGCAAUAGCUGAUCUGAAGCAAGAGCACAGACAUGUGACAUUAACGCUGAGCCAGAUCUAUUCACCGAGCAGUGUCCUGGUGGAAAGCAGAAAUCGCAUGAAGGUCCGAAGCCUCUUGCAGACCAGGAUGCAGAAUGAUGCCCUGAUCAAAGAAAGAAAAGCCCAGUUAGCUGACCUGGCCAAGCAGGUUGUAGAGCUGGAAAAAAAGAUAGUGAAUCAAAGAGACACAAACUGGAGGGAGUUGGAAGCAAAGAGCCACAAACACCUGCAGAAGAAGAUUGAGUUACUGGAGAUGCGUCUGAGUCAUGUCACUGUGCGUUACAACACCAUCAUGACCAGGAACAACAAGCUCAGAGAGGAGACUGCCAGCCUGCAGAUCCAGAAAGCCAUUUAUGACAACUGCUACUGGAAGCUGGAAAGAAGCCUGGCACAGCAGAACAAACUGCUGGAGGCUGCUAUCGAGCAAGCCACAGAGGACUAUGAGCAGUGGAUGGAGGAUCUGGGGCGGAUCUCGGACAUCCGGGACGUGCGCUACAGGGAAACCAUCCAGUACAACAUCAGGCUGCUGGAGAGGAAGUGUGCCCUGCACCAGGAGACCAGGCUGAAGAACUUCUUCCUCAGCAAAUGUGCAGACCUCUCUGUAUUGAAGGAACAGGCCAAAGAGAGAGAAGCCUUUGAGGCAGCUGAGAGGGCCAAAAGGAGCCAAAAGGAGAGCUAUGAGGUGGCCUACAAGCGCCUGCUGGAGCUGUCGGACGGAGACAUUGAUGAUUUCUUGGAGGAGUUCCUUGAAAAGGACAGGAGAUUCUUCAUCCUCUUUAACUACGCCAUUAGGCUGAACGUCAGGAAUGAGGGUCUCAGGCAGAGGAUCCAGGCGAUCCAGGAUGAUAUGGAGGCCAUCACAACGGAGAGGGAGCAGGCAGAGACCACCCAGACUCAGGUCCUGCAGGAGCUGGAGGCAAAAAUAGCAGAGACCACCGAGGAAGCCAACAAGUAUGAGAACAAAUACAAGGAGAGCAGCCAACUCCUGGGACAGAUCCAGUCUCGCAUUGAGACCCUCUUGAAGGCAAUGGAGUGUGACACUACAAAGAUCGUGAAGCCCCUUGGGGACAGCUUGGUGCCAGUUUUUGGUCCCGUGGAGAACAAGGUCAAGGAGUUCCUGCUGAGGGAGUCCCUGCUGCGCUACACCUCCCUCGACCGCACCCAGCGCGCCCAGGCCUUCGUCAGCCCCCUCCGGGCAGCCUCCAACCUCCUCUGGACCACGGACAGGGCCAAGCUCUGCCCGCCCCCCCCAGACCUGGAGGAGACCACUGACCCCAAAACCGUGGAAGAGCCGCUGGGCCGGGCCGAGCUGCGUGAGCUCGUUAUCCAGACGCAGCAGGAGGAGGUGAGCAGGCCCCCCAGCACGGGCAAGAGGAGGAGGAGAUUCACAUCACACAGUGCAUCAGGCUCCAGGAGCCCAUCAGAGUCCAAGAGCCCACCAGGGAAUUAA